CGCUCUUCCUGAGCUCCUCUAAGGUCACCAGUGACAUUCGGGAGCUAACUCGCCAGCAGCCGGAGGAAGCGGAGGAGAGCCAGUCAGGACGGUGAACGACAGAACCAACCGAACCAGCCACCAUGUCUCUCUCCAACAAACUCACUCUGGACAAGGUGGACGUCAAUGGGAAGCGGGUUAUUAUGAGAGUCGACUUCAACGUUCCCAUGAAGGACAAACACAUCACCAACAACCAGAGGAUCAAGGCGGCGGUGCCAAGCAUCCAGUACUGCCUGGACCACGGGGCGAAGUCCGUGGUUCUGAUGAGCCAUCUGGGCCGUCCUGACGGGAACGCCAUGCCGGAGAAGUAUUCGCUGGAGCCGGUCGCUGCUGAGCUCAAGACUCUGCUGGGAAAGGACGUGACCUUCCUGAAGGACUGCGUGGGUCCGGAGGUUGAGGCGGCCUGCUCCAGCCCGGCUGCCGGCUCCGUCAUCCUGCUGGAGAAUCUCCGCUUCCACGUUGCUGAGGAGGGCAAGGGCAAAGACCCAGCUGGGAACAAGACCAAGGCCACCCAGGAACAGACAGACACCUUCAGGGCGUCUCUGUCCAAGCUGGGCGACGUUUACGUCAACGACGCGUUUGGGACGGCGCACAGAGCUCACAGCUCCAUGGUGGGGGUGAACCUCCCCCACAAGGCGGCGGGUUUCCUCAUGAAGAAGGAGCUGGAUUACUUCGCCAUGGCGCUGGAGAAACCUCAGAGGCCGUUCCUGGCCAUCCUGGGAGGAGCGAAGGUGAAGGAUAAGAUCCAGCUCAUCAACAACAUGCUGGAUAAAGUGGAUGAGAUGAUCAUCGGUGGCGGCAUGGCCUUCACUUUCCUCAAAGUUCUCAACAACAUGGAGAUCGGGACGUCUCUGUUCGACGAGGAAGGCGCUGGUAUAGUCAAAGACCUGAUGGCGAAAGCCGAGAAGAACGGCGUCAGAAUCACGCUCCCUGUCGACUUUGUGACCGCCGACAAAUUUGACGAGAACGCCGCCACCGGCUCUGCCACCGUCGCUGCCGGCAUUCCCGCCGGCUGGAUGGUAAGGAGCGGCCUCGGCCUUUGACCUUUGACCUUUGGCCUCGGCUGACCCCCGGCAUCUCCGGUCCGCAUCACCAUCAUCGGUGGGGGCGACACUGCUACCUGCUGCGCUAAGUGGGACACAGAGGACAAAGUUAGCCACGUUAGCACCGGCGGCGGCGCUAGCCUGGAGCUGCUGGAAGGUAAAGUCCUGCCUGGUGUGGACGCACUCAGCAGCGCUUGAGAGAGAGAGAGAGAGAGAGACCCCCCAGUGGUGCGGCGACCUUUAACCCCCAUGACGUUCUGCUGGUUUCUCCUUCCUGAGGACAGACGGCAGCCAGGAUUGGACUUCAACGUUUCUAUAGAGCUUCUGUGUUAACGUGGCAAUCAUAGAUGUUACUUCCUGUCUGAUCUGUUCUAAUAAAACCAUCUAUGUUUAAAAAAAUAAAUCGGGGAUCAAGUCCUCAUUGAGCGUCGGAGCCGUGCUAAGAAAAUACAGGUCAAAAUAUUAGAGAAUAAAGUCACAUUACAAUUUCUCAGAAUAUUUUGACUUUAUUCUCCUAAUUUUAUUUGCUUGUACGGCAGCAUUAUUCCUCUGUAAUAUUCUGUUGAAAUCUGAAUUACAUCAUCACAUUGUUUCCAUUAAAUAGUUAAAAUCA